AUGAGGAGAAGUGUAUCAACAGACGAAAUCUCCAAGCAUGCUCAAGUUGAUGACAUAUGGAUUGUGGUCAAUGGGAUGGUAUACGACGUGACCCAAUUUGCCCCAGGGCAUCCUGGUGGUCCAGAGGUCAUCUAUCAAUACGCAGGCGGUGAUGCUUCAACGAAGUACAACAGCACCCAUUCACCAUGUCUCAUCAAAGACAUCGAAGAACAUCUGAUCGGUGACUUGGACACGGCAACCGUAUCCACCGAAUGGAGCAAAGGCGAUGAAACGCCCAGAGCCCCUGAUACAACGAAAGGAGAUCAGAAACCGCCCUUGGAAGAUAUCAUCAGCUUGGACGACUUCGAACAAGUCGCAAUGAACACCCUCAGCCCAAAGUCAUGGGCCUACAACAGCGGCGCUGCAAACGACAACAUCUCCCGCGAUGCGAACCGCACUUUCCUACAGCGUAUCUGGUUUCGUCCCGCGAUCAUGCGUGAUGUGUCUCGCGUAACCACUCGAUCUAGUCUCUUUGGUUGCGAUCUUGAUAUCCCAGUCUACAUUUCUCCACUGGGCGCCGGUAAGACGAUUUGCGAGGAAGGAGAGCUACCACUCGCUCGAGGUGCUGCUUCUUCAGGGGUCAUCCAGUGCGUAUCCACAGUGGCUUCUUAUUCUUUUUCAGAAAUCAUGGAUGAGACUCCAAUGCAGGCUUUCUAUCAAGUCUAUGUCAAUAAGGACCGCUCUAAGACUGAAGCACUGGUGAAACAAGCCGAGGCUUCAGCCAAGAUAAGAGCUCUUUUUAUCACGGCUGAUCUACCCGUUAUGUCGAAGCGGGAGGAUGAUGAGCGUAUCAAGCCUGAAGGAUAUUCCGUGAUGAAAGCUACCCAUGGCAAGAAAAGUGCUGGAAUAGCAAAGAGCAAUAGCUCAUUCAUCGAUUCUUCUCUAAACUGGAAUGAUAUGGCUUGGUUGAGAAGUAUUACGAAGCUUCCUAUCUUGCUGAAGGGUGUUCAACGGGCGGAGGAUGCUGUCAUUGCAAUGAAAGUCGGAUUCGAUGGUAUUGUUGUGAGCAACCAUGGUGGUCGAGCUGCUGAUACUGCUCCGCCUGCAAUACUCAUCUUGUUGGAAAUCCAUCGGCAUUGCCCACAAGUGCUUGGCAAGCUGAAGGUUCUUGUCGACGGUGGCUUUCGUCGUGGUUCGGAUGUUGUCAAAGCCAUUUGCUUGGGUGCCUCGGCUGUGGGUCUGGGUAGGUCUUUUGGUUAUGCUCUGAACUAUGGGCAAGAAGGCGUGGAGCAUGCUGUCAACUUGCUCAAAGAGGAGAUUGAGACAGCCAUGCAACUUGUUGGUAUGACGGACUUGAUGCGAGACGCUGGACCAACUUAUCUCAACACCUCGGGCGUAGAUCAUCUAUUGCCUGCAUAUCACAGUUCAUCAUAUAUUCACAUCACACCCCGAUCGACAAAACUCUAA